AUGAAAAUCAUUGCUCUUCAGGCUGAAGAAGAUGCGAUCCUCAAUCACAGUGAAGAUGGCGGCUAUGGCGAUCCUCUAUCUACACCAGACGAGGACCUGUUGAACGAUGACGUCCUUAAUGAUGUACUACCCGAAAAACUGAUUGAUGAAGUAGCCGAACCUGCCAAGGGAACCGAGGAAGCAAAACCCGCAACACCAUCCUCUGAUAAGAAAGAAAAGCCGAAACCUGCCCCAAUAACACCACCUCAUGAUCCACUCGCGCUAGAUGCAAAACUCAAACGCGCUCAACGGUUUGGUCUGCCAGUUGGUGUGACAGAUCCACUUGCAAAGGCGAAAAGAGCCGAACGAUUUGGCCUCGCUACUGUGAGUUCUGAAAAGGAAAUGAAAGCCAAAAGAGCCGAGAGGUUUGGAUUAACUGGACGUACAUCACCGGGAGCUAAACUUUCAACCAUAACUGAUGAAGAAACAAAGAAGAAGCUCUUGAUCAGAGCGCAGAGAUUCGGUUUACCAGUGAAUGAGCAAGGGAAAACAAUAACAUCCAAGGAUUCUGUCAAAGAGCCUGUCAAGCCUGUUGGAUUGAAAACCGGCGCAGUUGUCGAUGAUGAAUUAGAGCAAAAGAAGAGGGCUCGUAUGGAGAGAUUUGGGUUGAAGUGA